AACAAGACUGAGACGAGAAGACAGAGUACAGAAUCAAGGAGACUAGUCAUGGCAGCAACACUAGAAAAAAUAAGCAUUCUGAUGUUUCCCUGGUUAGCUCAUGGCCACAUCUCACCCUACUUGGAGUUAGCCAAGAAUCUUACCCAGAAAAACUUCCAAGUCUUUUUUUGUUCUACACCUGUUAAUUUAAAACCUAUCAGGGAAAACUAUGAGCCCAUGAGUUCAAUUCAGCUCGUAGAUCUCCAACUUCCUCCAAUGGAUCAACUCCCUCCUCAAUUUCACACCACCAAAGACCUCCCUCCCCAUCUAAUGUCCACCCUCAAAACUGCUCUUGAUAUGGCCAAGCCAGAGUUUUCCAGGAUUCUUAUGACUCUUAAGCCAGACAUUGUCAUUUUUUAUUACUUGCAGCCAUGGGCUAAGGAUGCUGCUGAGGAGCAAGGUAUUCAAGCUGUUACGUUCAUGACUGUUGGUGCUGUGAGUAGUUCUUUUUUGGUCCAUUACAGUAUCAUGGAUGAUCGAAGAAAGGAAUUUCCUUUCCAGGAGAUCAAUUUUCCGGAAACAGAACGCCGGGAAAUGAUGAAAUUCAUGCAUGAUUCUGCUAAUGGGAAAACAAAUGGAGAGAGGUACUUGGAAUCCUUUAGGAGAUCUGCCGGUUUUGUCUUGAUGAAGACAUCAAGAGAGAUUGAAGGAAAGUAUAUUGAUUAUCUCUCUGGGCUGGUACAGAAUGAGAUAGUUCCUGUUGGCCCUCUUGUUCAGGAGCCUGAAUACAAAGAUGAGGAUUCAGUGAUGAUCAUGAACUGGCUGAGUGACAAAGAACCAUCUUCGGUUGCUUAUGUUUCCUUUGGGAGUGAGUAUUUUCUUUCUAAAGAAGAGGUGGAGGAGAUAGCUCAUGGGCUGGAGCUUAGCAAGGUCAGCUUCAUCUGGGUUGUGAGGUUUCAUGGAGGAGACAGAGGCAGAACUACCAUUCAUGAUGUGCUACCGGAAGGGUUUUUGAGGAGGAUUGGGGAGAGGGGAAUGGUUUUAGAAGGAUGGGCACCUCAAGCAAAAAUCCUGAGUCAUGGGAGCAUUGGAGGGUUUGUGAGUCACUGUGGAUGGAGUUCAAUACUAGAGGGUAUGAUGUUUGGUGUUCCAAUCAUAGCCAUGCCAAUGCAGCUUGAUCAGCCUCUGAAUGCUAAAUUGGUAGUAGAAGGGUAUCUUGGAAGCCAGGUGCCAAGAAAUAAUGGAAAGUUCAAGAGAGAAGAGGUGGCAAGUGUGAUCAAUGAAGUUGUUGUGGCAAAACAAGGGGAAAAGGUAAGACUUAGAGCGAAAGAAUUGGGCAAGAAAAUGAGAGAGAAAAGAGGUGAAGAGAUUGAUUUAGUAGCAAAGAAGAUAUCACAACUUGUUAAGGAUGAAUCUAGCCAGGAUUACUAGUUGCUCUUCCUUCUAGCAAAUAGGUGAGGUUGAAAAUUGGGAAGGUUAUGAGAAUUGUAAUGAAACUUCUUUUGAAAUGCAUAACCCUUUAGUUUUUCAAAUGAUAUUUCAAGCCAUGCUAUGUUAUUGACAACCAGAAAGAUUAUUCUAGUUUUUGUUUCAGCAUUUAAGGGCAUGCUUCUUGUUUUCUUGAUUUAUAAAACAGGAAAAGAAUC